CGUUUCCAAGAAAGCUACAGUAUUUCUACUUCACGAGCUGUUGCUCUCUUUUAUUUAGCAAAAAGCUCGAAGGAGAAGCGUCUCUCGACUUAGGAAAGACGGAGCUAAAGAAAGCCAACAGCCCUGCAGAUAUCCCAGCUGAACCUCUCGUUCCGGCCAGGGUUGACUUAACAAGCUGUAAAUUCGCUCUUGGCUCAAGUAUCCAAACGGGGGGGGGGGGGUGGCGGGGGGGGAGGUGAACCGAAGGCAAUUCUAUCGGCCAUUUGGUCCCCCUAACAUGGAUGAUUUGAGUGAACUUCAUUACUUAUAUUUCCAAAGAGAGCGCAAAGGUGGAUUAGGAUAUUUUGAAACAAAAUAAGAUAACAAACCAGUUAUCCAGUGCAUGGCAACAAAAGGCUCUCUAGCCUCCCCUGGAACACACCCUGAAUAGCCCACCCUGAAUUCAUUCCACAUGGGAAUGAUUUCACUUUUAGUGCGUUGGGUUUUGUGUUUUCCCCCUUCUUAAUUUGCCUCCUUUCCUAAAGAAAAGAUCAACCCCCACAGUCCUUUGAAAGGACAAAUACUGAAGCUGAAGCUCAAAUGCAAAACGAAAGGAGAAGGGGACAGCAGAGGAUGAGAUGAUUAGAUAGUAUCAUUGAGGCAAUGAGUAUGAAUUUAAGAUUGCUUUGGGGGACAGUGGAGGAUGGGAGGGUUUGUGCUAUGGUCCAUGGGGUCGCAAAGAGUGGUGACUGAAUGUAGUGACGGAACAACAAAAUUUGCUUCCCUACAUUUCAAAUUCAUUAUUACGUUGAAGGAAAUUGUAAUAAGACUAUAUUUACUGGAAUACUAGAAUUAGUAGAAAGUUGUUCUAUAAACAUUGUUUCCUGUAAAACACACACACACACACACAUUAUGCCUUUGUAUUUAUAUUUCCUUUAACUAACUUCCUGUAAACGUAUACGGUAUUAGGCCUCUGUAAAGUAUCUGCUAAUUGUCGAACAAGGUAAUUUACUCACCAAUUAGAUGUCACAUGAAACUUAGCAAUAGGCCAGAUGAGUAUUUGAUGGGAAAUUUCCAGGCAAUCCUAAGAGUUAGCAUCUUUAGCAAUGCUCUCGUGAUAAGUAAAUACUCACAGGGAAUAGUAGAGUAUUCUGAUCUGAUGCAUUGGCAUUCUUUAAUUGUCAUUCUUUUCUUUAUAAUUAUAAGUCAGAGGUUACUGGAGAAGUCCCAAAGAUGCUUUUUCAAGAGACAACUGGACUCUUGUUUUUUUCUUUGAAGACAUUUCACUUCUCAUCCAAGAAGCUUCUUCAGCUCUAACCGGGAUGGUGGGCAAUGAAAAGAUUUAUAUUUCUUGCAAACAGCUAGUCAUUUGCAUGGGGCAGAAAACAUCCUGCCGAAAGCACAGCUGCAACUUUUCAAUGAAAAAACAAGACAUACCAUAGCACAGUCCUCUCAGCAGUUCCAAGAAGGCUCCACACCCAUCUGCACCACUCAGAUGACACAGAUAAACCUCCAUGGCCUCAAUGACUCUCUAAAAGAAAGGAAAUGACCAGCUGUCCACAAGGAAUACUCAUUCUUUCAAUGAGAAGUUGGAACUGUGCUUUCUGCAUGACUGAGAAUCUUCACAGACAGUUACUGGAGAAGGCAAUCAUUUUCCAUUAUUAUUUUUUUAAAGAAUUAUACCUGACCAUCUUCUAUCUAUUAAAGCAGAAAUGAUUCUUCCUGAUUUUGAUUGCUGAUCUCUUAAGUGCCAUAAAUGAAAUGGUGAAGUUUGUUCCAGUAUUGUUGGAAUUUCAUAAUGAUGCUCCUUUGAAUGAAAGUUUCUAGUUUCCUUUGUGUGUGUGUGUGCCCCUUCAAUUCAUUUAUUAUUCCUAGUAUUCCUAUACUAUUCCUAUUCAUUUAGUAUUCCUAGGCCCUAUCUGGACUAGUCCCUGCAGUUUUUGGCAAGGCUUUUCAGAAAUUGUUUUCCAUUGCCUCCUUCCUAGGGCUGAAGCGGUCUGACCCAAAGUCAUCCAGCUGGCUUGUGCCUAAGGUGAGAUUGGGAGUCCCAGUUUCCCACUUUCUAACCUGAUGUCUUAAGAAUUAAGCCAGACUGCUCUGUUCUUGACAUGCAUUAAAUAAAUGGUUUGGAAAAAUCAUACUGUAGAGUUUUAGCUGCCUGGUUUUCUUAUAAAUGUGAAUGCCAACAUUUUGGCAAGGCUUUCUUUAUCCCUUAAUUAUAGCUAAAAUACAAUAACAGGAUUUUUUCAUCUUUCCAGGUUUCUUUUUUUUUUUUGAUUGACCAUAUAUACCAGCAUGACCUCUAUUUUUCUAAAGAAUCCAAGCGAUUAAGUCCAAAACCCACUAUGGACCACUGUUAGAAAUAUAUUGUAUGACCUCUCUUGAAUUACAUCAGAGUUUAAUCAAAAUUGUUCUGUAUUUCCUAUAUUAAAGUUUGAAAAACUUCUGGAAUAUAUUGGAACAGAUGUAUAAUUUUGACCCUAAUCAAUAUACUAAAUUUACUUUCGAAUAAUCCCAAUCUGAAAAUGAAGGGGAAGUUUGGAGGGAAUUAAUGGGAUAUUAAUAUGGCAGCCUUUCUCAACUGGGAUUCCUCAGACCCAGAGAUUCUAUAAGAGAUUGUGACAGAAAAAAAAUACUGUAAAUUUGAUUUAUUUAUUUUUAACUUUGCACAGUGCACUAUACUACUGCUCACCUUGAUGGACAUUUUUAAGUGCUGUAACUUAGCUGCUAGCCUGUUGCUACGCUCUUGUAAAACAUGUAUUAUUUAGAAGUUAACUGUAUUGCAAUGUUUUUAUAUUUAUGUGAUCUUUAUGUAGGGGUUCCUUAAGACUUGAAAUUUAUUAUAAGGGUUCCUCCAGGAUAAAAAGGUUGAGAAGGUUCCUAUAGAUCAGUGUUUUUCAACCUUGGCAACUUUAAAAUAUGUGGACUUUUCACUCCCCGAAUUGCUCGCCAGCUUGCUCAAUCAAGUUUUUUAAACUAUUUAGAUUAUUGCAAGAGGAAUUUGGAUAUGAAAUGGCAGGAAAAUCAACUGAAAACUUAUUUUCAUUUACAAGUAGGUCCAGAUGUAUAAGCAGCAUCUAAAAUUCCUGAACUGAUUUGUUCCUUUCAUUUGUGUUCCUAGUGGGUGUAAAUCCAAAAGAGUUUAUUUCCUUGUUCCUUGUUUAUGUAUAAUUAGAAGGGAAGGAGAGGAUUAAGUGUAGGCGGGGUUAAGUUAUAAAAGCAUCCUCCAAUGCAUCCUCUUGACAUGUGAAUCAAAGUGUUUUGAGUACCUUACGGAGCAUCAGUAAAUCUUCCAAGCAAUGCCAUUGACAGUCUACAAGCCAACAAGAUGAAUGUCUUCUGUCCACCAACUCGUCCUACUGUUGCAAUGCCUUGUCUGCUGUGCCCAACUCUCUUCUGCUGCCUCCUCCUCCUUCCCUUUCCAUUAGCCUCCAGUUGUGCAUCUAAGGGGCACACAGUGGUCAUAACCAGCAGUGGCCCUAUUAAGGGCAAGCAGUUCCUGGCUAGCCCUAGAUCUGUGACAGCCUAUCUAGGCAUUCCUUAUGCUGAGCCCCCCCUGGGGGAAGUUGCGUCUCCAGAACCUCUUCCACAUCAGCCAUGGAGUCAAACAUUGGAGGCCACCAGUUUUGGCAAUUCCUGUCCUCAAUUUAUUUUCCGGGGUGUCCCUGAAGCAGAUAUAUGGGCUCCUAAAACACCACUGUCAGAAGAUUCUUCCCUUAACAUCUGGGUGCCACAUCCACAACCUUCUUCACCAGUCCCUGUUCUGGUCUGGAUACACGGAGGGAGUUAUUUAAUGGGCACAUCUUCUGUGGACGUGUACAAUGGGACAUCCUUGGCUGCCACUGAGAACGUCAUUGUGGUCACCAUCAAUUAUCGAUUGGGAGCCCUAGGCUUUCUUUACUUACCACCAGCUGCUCGGAACCUAGGCUUAUGGGACCAACAGCUGGCCCUGAAGUGGAUAAAAGAGAAUGCAGCUGCCUUUGGGGGAGAUCCUUCUCGGGUGACCAUUUUUGGCCAGAGUGCUGGAGCAGUUUCUGUGAAUUUCCAUCUUCUCGCGCCAAAAAGCCAGAACCUUUUUGCCCAAGCGGUGAUCCAGAGUGGAACAGCCAAUGGCUUCUAUGCGUGGAGGUCUCCUGAAGAAUCGAAACAAAAAUCACUGGAAUUUGUUCAUCUGCUAGGUUGCUCUGAGGACAAUAAUAUCAGCAUAAUGCAUUGUCUGCAAACAAAAAAUGUUUCUGAAUUUACUCAACAUGAAAUAGCUCUGUUCUUAAAAGGUGGCAUCCUUCUGAAUAUUCCCUUCAGGCCAACCACAGAUAGGGAUUUUCUGCUUGGUAAUCCAGAAAAGCUGAUGGAGGAGGGGCACUUUCGGGUCAAACCUCUCCUCAUAGGUGAGACCUUUGAUGAAAUGGCCCCAUUUGUCCACUUCGUUUUCCCUAACAUCACCAACAAUCUCAUCAAUCAGCAACAGCUUCUGAAAGGGAUACAGCUGUUGGUGCCAAAUGCAACUAAAGAUGUUGUCCAGAGUAUUGCACUAAGGUACAGUGAAGGACAACACGGCCCAGCACAGUUCCGCUCCGCUCUGUCCCACUUCUAUACAGAUCGGAUCAUUACAUGCCCAUUGAGGGAAGCUGCAAGAAAUAUCAGGAAAACGGGGAAUCCUGUAUAUGCCUAUUUAUUCACACAUCGCCCUUCAUGGUCAGUUUGGCCUGAAUGGAUUGGGGCAUCACACAGUGCUGAGAUUCCUUACGUUUUCGGAACUCUUGAAUCAGUGCUGUCUGCCAAUCAAACAUGCACAGAGGCUGAAGCCAGACUGAGCCGUAGGAUGAUGCACUACUGGGCAGAGUUUGCCAGAACUGGGAAUCCCAAUGGGAUAGCGGCCAGCAAGGAUAAGUGGCCACUCUAUAAUCCCACAGAACAGAAUUUCUUCCUUCUUAAUACUAAGCCAUUCCAGGAAAAGGUGAAACACCACUGUGAUUUUUUAAAGAGACUUUUUUCAAAGGCUGAAGAGACACAGAAGUCCAAAGGUGAUUCUGUUUCAUCGGACUAGGAAGAAGACAGGAGAACUAACACCUUUUCUGCAAGAGGGCCGAAUGUCAGCCUCUAUAUUGCUUGCUUGCUAUCGGCUGCCAUAGUAACAGGGGGGGAGGGGGUUUCGGUAUUUGGGAGGGGAAUCGUGCUGGAGAAGAUGUCUCGGGAUGAAGAGGGAGUUUUGUUCUCACUAUCUUCUGUGCAUGCUGAAUGUACUUCUAUAGGUCUGAUCAAGGUGAACCGUCUCUGCAUAACAAAUGGAUGAAAUCACCUGUAGAUAUACCCCACAUGACACCCUUGGGGGUUGGAGAUUGGACAUUCAGCUUGGGGUUGUUGUUGGGAGGGAUUUGGGUAAACUUUUGAUAUGUACAAUUUCCUGCUUUUAAGUCUCAGAUCUUGCUUUACUUUCGUUGCUAUCAGUUCAUA